GCAACACUGAUUUAUUAGAAGCCAUUUUGUAUUUCAUUGCAGACGUAUUUUUGUGGGACUAGGUUUUAAUUCUACAAAUUUUGAAACAAUGUCGGAUUCUGGAAAAAAGUUGUGUGAAUUACGUGUUUGUGAUUUGAAAGAUGAGCUAGAAAAGAGAAAAUUGGAAACUAGUGGAGCUAAAGUGACAUUGGUGGAACGGCUAGAACAGGCUAUAAAAAGUGAGGGCUUAGAUCCGUCUAAGUAUAUUUUUGAACUCAAUUCCAAAGUCGUUAAGAAAAUUAUGGAUUCAAAGAAAGUAGACAUAAAGCCUGUCGAAGAAAUCAAAAUAAAGGAGGAGCCCAUCGACGCCGAAGAAAUUGCUCUUAAAACUGAUGAUGCGGGGGAAGAGGAAGAUUAUGACGAGGAUGACGAAGUAGACCAAGUAGGGGAUGUAGAUGAUGAAUGUGUGAUAAUCGAAGAAGAAGAGAGGACUGAAGUUGAUAAUAUAAAUGAUGAGGAUGGAGGUUCAAACAAUGGCCCGGACAGGGAAGAGGAAAAUACAGGCGAAUCGAAUGAAGAAUCUAUAAAUUUAACUAUUGGUGAAGACGAACAAAAACUUUUACACGAUGAGGCACCUGAUGACAAGGAAAAAUGCGCCGAUGCAGAAGGUGAUACUUCCGGCAGAACUUCAGCGCAAAAGAGCACAAAAAUGGUUGCAGCUUUGAAGGACACAAGAGAAUCUAAGAGUAGCUUGGACAGCAGUAAAGAUGUGCGUAAAUGCAGCAAGUUGGAUGACGAUAAAUCAAAGAGAAAAGAUGAGAAGUCUAGCGAAAAAAAGGAUAAAGACAUUAGUGAACAAAAAUCUUCUUCAAACAAGACCUCGCAAAAGGAUGACAAAGAAAAGUCUUCAGCCAAUAUUGCUACAAAAUCGUCGACCACAGGAAAGCAGACAACGCCUUCACGAAAUCUUUGGGUAUCGGGAUUAUCUUCAUUAACUAGAGCCAGUGACCUGAAAACUAUAUUUUCCAAAUAUGGAAAGGUUAUCGGAGCUAAGGUGGUUACCAACACCCGGACUCCGGGUACUCGUUGCUAUGGCUACGUAACAAUGUCAUCAUCGUCGGAUGCCAGCCGUUGCAUUGAGCAUUUGCAUCACACCGAACUACAUGGACGGAUAAUAUCAGUAGAGCGCACUAAAAACGAAAUCGGCAGCAGCUCAACAAGUGUCGCUAAAUCACGUGCGGAUACCACACGGAAAGAUGAAGACAAGAAGAUACGGGACACAACUUCUAAGACUGGAGACGAUAAACGUAAAACAGUUGAUACUAAGAAAGACGAUGUAUCAAAGAAACCUGAAGUGGAGAAGGAUAAGCAGCGCGACAAAGAAAAGGAAAAGGACCAUAAUAAAAAAGACGAAAAGGAUAAGGAAAAAGACAAAGAAAAAAGUGUGACUAGCAAUCAUGAGAAGCGAGCAAUUUCUAAAGAUGGGCUCAAAGAUCGAAAUAUCCGUCAGCAUUCUAAUCGCAGUCGCUCUAAUGACCGUAAUCGCAACGACCGAAAUAUUCGUGACCAACGUCAAAGGGAUCGUGAACGUGAACAACGCAUCAGACAGAGGGAGUAUAUACAGUUACGGGAAGAGCGAGAACGACAACGGUUACGAGAGCGUGAACGCGAACUACGUGAGGAAGAAAGACGUCGACGCGAAAUCCGCGAACGUCAACGACAAGAAGAAGCUCGACUGGCCGAAGAACGUCGCAAACUGGCACAGGAACGUGAACGCUUGGAGAAAGAGAAAGCCGAAUUGCUGCGUUUGGAGCGCGAACGACAAAAACUAGAGCGGGAGAAAAUUGAAUUGGAGCGACUCGAGUUAAAACGUCAACAAAUGAAGAUUAUGCACGCGCGUGAGGAUCCUAUUAAACGGCUAGCAAAAAGACCCAGCGAUGAGCGUUAUACCGAAGUGUCGAAUAGGAAACGCUCGUCAGGAAGUGACUCCCGUUUUGAGGCGCCGCCACCACCGCGUUUCGAUACCAGUCUCAUAACAUCAUCAAGAAGCUAUGAUAAAAAACGUGAUGAUUAUAAUAGCUCAUCAUCUAGCAAGCGUACCAUUGAGGACUUUUCAUCUUCAGCUAAACGCAUGGAUUACUCAAAGCGUGACGACUUCUCCAGUGCAGGUACCAAACGUUCAGCAUUGGACGACUAUCCAGUCGUCCCAACGAAACGCAGUGCUGAUGAUUACGGUAAGCGUAAUAAUGAAUAUUUAUCGUCAACUUCAUCAAAACGAAUCAUAGACGAUUAUGGCACAAACAAACCAUCUCGUGACGACUACAAGCGUGAAGUUGAAAUUAGACACGUUCCGCCAGCUGGUAACAGCAAUAGUUCAUCAUUUCAUACAAGCCGCGAUGUCAGCUCGACUGUUCAUAAGGCUAACGCCGGUCGUUAUGUGGAUUCGGAACGUCCCACAAGUGGUUACAGACGUGGUGGCAUCGAUGACAUUCGGUCAUCGACAUCUGGAAAUAAACGUUAUGAAAAUACAAACACUUACGGCAACUCGAAUAAUGGCGGUAGUGUUUGGGCAUCAUCAUCUACUCAUUUGAGUGGAAGUUCUAGCGGAGGAGGUGGUGUUAAAUCAUACGUGGGUAAUGGCAUGUCAAAUAUGCAUAGUAACUCAACAUGGCAGAAAUCGGUCGAAGAAAAUAACUGGCGUCCCAUGCAAUCGACACAAGACCGUUUCGACCGGACAUACAAUGAACGAUCCAAUAGUGGUUACACUGCUGGAGGUAUGUUUGGCAGUGGGGGACGUUAUAGCGGUCAAAUGUCGCGUUACUAAAACUAUAUUUGGCAUCAUUAUCAUGCCGUAGUUUUAAGAUUUCGUUUCGUAUUGUAAUUUGAAUUGAUAAGUACAUUUAACCAUUUAUCAGAAGCAUUUGUAUUCGACAAGAUAACAAAACGCUAUACAUGUUCAAUGUUUUAAAAACAUUUUUCUGAAUUAGUAAAUAUGACAAGUGAUGAGUUAUGCUAAAAAUUUAGCAGUUUAAUUUUUAGGUUUCACGACAAAUAUUCCCACAUUUCAAGAAAACUACAGGAGAGAUGUGCUAGAUUCAACAUCAAUAUGUGUAAUUAUUGAGAAAAUAAUGCCUGAACGUCAUUUUGUAAUUAUUUUUGAUCAUAAGUUUUUAGUGCUCCCUUUUCUCGUAUUUCAAAAAUAUGCUAUAAAUUUGUCAUUUAUAUUUAAGUGAAUUUGGAUUAAAAAUAAAACAGAUUACAUUAAUACAAAAUGUAAUUAAAUUAUUGUUA